AUGGGGGGGUCGACAACCAAAACGGCUUCUUGUAGAGCGAUGCACAACUGCCACCCGGUUAUCUACUUCUCUGGUUUCUCUCACUCUCCGCCGAUAAAGAAGAAUCACUCGUCUUCUUCCAUUGAGAUCUUACGGAUUUGGAUGACGUCUACUUUAUCAAAAUAUCUCGAUAAAGUUUAUACGAUGGCAGAAGGGGGAUCUCGGUAUUGCUCUAAAAAAUCUGAUGAUAUCUGUGGUGAUAUAUGUGAUGAGGAUUCAGGAAAGCCUUCCACCAUGGCAAGAUUACGAUGCAUUCUACGAGGACUCGAGCUCAAAACCAUCAUCUUCCUUUUCGUAAUGGUCCCAAGCAUCGUCCUCGGUUUAUACAUCCACGGACAAAAAGUCUCCUACUUUUUACGACCCUUAUGGGAAUCACCACCAAAACCCUUCCACGAAAUCCCGCACUACUAUCACGAAAACGUAUCAAUGGAAAAUCUCUGCAAACUCCAUGGCUGGGGCACACGAGAGUUCCCAAGACGCGUAUUUGAUGCAGUAUUAUUCAGAAUCCCAAAGCCUCUAGUGUUCGCGAGUCAACAAGAUAAGUUCAAAUUCGUGGCCCCACGUUUAACAUAUGGUCAAAUUCCAGGAAGAUUUCAAAAGGGUGAAAACCCUUUUGUUGAAGAAGCAUACCAAAGACUUGCAUUGGAUUUUCUGUUGAAAAAAGCCGGGAUUCAAGAUGAUGACUUGUUGAUCAUGUCAGAUGUUGACGAGAUUCCAAGUCGACAUACAAUCAAUCUGUUGAGAUGUUGGAGGGCGUCUGUUCACAGAUAUCAAUCGGGAAAAACAACGUAUGCUCAUUAUCGACAAUCUGACAUCAUGUUGGCGGAUGCUGGGUGGCAUUGUAGCUUUUGUUUUCGCCACAUCAGCGAGUUCAUCUUCAAAAUGAAAGCUUAUAGUCAUGUCGAUAGGGUGAGGUUCAAUAAGUUUUUGAAUCCUACGAGGGUUCAAAAGGUAAUUUGCAAAGGUUCGGAUCUUUUCGAUAUGCUUCCGGAAGAGUACACGUUUAAAGAAAUCAUCGGGAAAAUGGGACCCAUUCCACAUUCGUAUUCAGCUGUUCAUCUUCCUGCACAUCUUAUAGAAAACGCAGAUAAAUACAGAUUUCUUUUACCUGGGAAUUGUAUAAGAGAAAAGGUGGUGUCUUGCAACUUUGACCAAACAAUAGUCAACUCUGAAUCUUGGCAUAGUGAUUUGCUGAGUUUUUGGGGGUUGGAGGAGAUGAGAUUCAUGUGUUUUGAGAUGGUGGGAUUGUGUUUUUAG